AGCUACAGAGUUGAAGUGAAACAAGUUGGACAGGACUUUUGGAGACUUCUAACGGACACCUGCGUCAACACAUCAUAUCAUGUAAGUUCGGGACUGGUGCCGGGUGAGCAGUAUCGGUUUCGAAUACGGGCCUAUAACACCUACGGAGAGAGCGAGCCUGGGGACGAGUCUGAAGUCAUUACCAUGUCAUCCGCUGCAGCAGAUGGAGAGUCAGAGUGUGAAGAGAUUGAGGAAUACAAGACGGUCACCAUGAACACCACAGACCGUGUGGAUGCUUUGUACACCAGACUGGAGAAGCUCGGAGUGGGGAAGUUUGGCCAGGUGUUCAAGCUUCAGGAGAAGGCCACAGGAAAGAUCCGGGCCGGAAAGUUCUCAAAGGGCCGGCUGCAGAAGGAUAUAGCCAAUGCUCGAGCAGAGGUGGAGUUGAUGAAUAAACUCCAUCAUCCCCGGCUAGUAUAUCUUGUAGCUGCUUUCCAGGAACCAGGUUGGGUGAUCCUGGUGAUGGAAUAUAUUGCAGGAGGAGAACUAUUUGAGCGUAUUGUGGCGGAUGAUUUUGACUACACGGAGAUCACCAGUGUUCAGUACAUGUCCCAGAUUAUUACCGGAGUGGGUUAUAUGCACACACAGGGCAUUGUCCACCUAGACCUCAAACCAGAGAACAUUGUCUGUGUCAGCAAAGAUAACACAAAGGUGAAAAUUGUGGACUUUGGCCUGGCCAAGAAACUUGAACCUGGUGUGCCAUUGAAAGUGUUACAAGGGACAGCUGAGUUUGUAGCUCCUGAGGUCAUUGCCUAUGAACCUGUGGGGUUCACAACGGACAUGUGGAGCCUGGGAGUAAUCUGCUAUAUUCUGCUCUGCGGAGAGUCUCCCUUCCAAGGUGACAAUGAUUCGGAGACCCUGAGGAAUAUCACUUCUGGAAGUUGGGACUUUGAUGACGAGACCGAUGCCAUUCUGACUGACUAUGCUAAAGAUUUCAUUCGAAGGCUUCUUCAGAAGAACAUGAGAUCCCGUCUCACGGCAGAGCAGGCUCUGGAUCACCCAUGGAUAAAGGACAAAGACAUUUGCAGCACAAAGACCCUACCUAAGGAGCGGAUCAGAAAAUUCCUGGCAAGGCAGAAGUGGCAGAAAACGGGUAAAGCAGUCCUGGCUCUGAAGAGGAUGGCGUUGCUCAGUAACCGGUCCGAUCACAACUCUCCUGCCAUAGAAGAGGUUGGUGAAAGUCAGGAGGUGUUCAGUUUCCUGCAGGAACAGCUCCAGAGGCCUCCUGUCUUCUCUUCUCAGCUGAAGGAUCAAGCCGAGGUGGUGGGCAGUUCUGCUUGUUUCCAUUGUCACAUAGAAGGUUUCCCAGACCCUGAAGUGCUGUGGUUUUUCUCCGGAGAGGCGAUCCAGGAGUGUAGGAAGUUUCAGAUUGAGUAUGAGGAUUCUGGUAGCUGUACGUUGGUGAUAUCGGACGUGUCUCUGAGCGAUGUUGGGUUAUACUCUUGCCAGGCCUCAAAUGCCCAUGGACACGCUGAGACCUCAGCUAGACUAACUGUCCACCAAUUACGAGCACAGCGACACUCAAGGGAAGGGGCUGAGAAGACCACCUGACUGCAUUAUCACGGCAAUCCACGUUCAUUAUCUGUGUAUGGGGGAACAGCAUGAUCUUCGUAUUGUAAAGUCUUCUAGUCCUGUAUGUAACCUGUUUGGUUGGUUUGUUUCGUUUUUCUUUUGUUUGUUUUUUGGUAAAUGGCGGAUUUAAUCCCAGGGCUGUCCUACUACACACAAUGUGAACUGGGCUUGUGUAAGGUAGAAAGCAUUAUCCCCAUCUAAUUGGUUUCACUAACUUGACAACUGGACUUGAGGUCAGCUUGGUCACAGACAUUUUGAGUGUUGUACAUCGCCAUUGGUUUUACAUUGCCUAUUUAAUAAUUGUGGAAUGCCAUGGGUUUUUAUAUUCUUACAUGGUUUCUGAUUACCAAUGUGGUUGCACCAAGUUCUUGUAUUGGUCAACAUCCAGUGCCAACCCUUCAAAGGUGGUGCCACUGCAACCUGCUGUUCAGAACAUGGUUAUUUUUUUUCUUUUGUAAUCACACACUGAAUGAUGCCACUUACUAAGACCUAGCCCAUUGGGAGCUCAACCUGUGGCCCUCCAGCUGUUGUGGAACUAAAAGUACCAUCAUGCCUCUGUCUUUGGGAGUCAUGGGUGUCGCUGUCAGCCUUGCAAUGCCGUAUGGGACUUGUAGUUUAGCAACAGCUGUAGGGUCACAGUUUGAGCACCCAUGAGUCCUAGCCUGUCAAUUUAGAUAGUCAGACCCCCCCCCCCUGAACUGAAUUUCAUUUACAGGCUAGACUGAAUCAACCAAUGACAAUGUAUAUGUAUUGAUUGGGAGAUUUUCCAGGAGUGGUUAAGGCUCUGCCCUAAAGACUUUUGCAAUGCUGUAACAGAAGAGUCCAGAAAGUCCAGCAGGGGGACAUGGGUUCUCAAAAUAUUGGCUGAGAAAACUUGAGAACCCGAGAGAUAUUGGAAGCCAGUCGGUGAUCUAGCUGUCUGCCAUCUCCUGAAAUAUCGAACUGAUCCCUGAAGAACGUGCUACUCAUGACAGGUUCAUUUCAUACACUACUGAAGUCUUUCACUCUUGGGUUCCCAAGUAAACGCUCUUUAGAGAUGUGACUGAAAUGUGUGGAUUACACUGCAGCAAUGUGCCAUUACUUUCAUGUUUGUGUGUGUUUUUUUUUUUUUUUGUUUUUUUUUGUGAAAAAGUAAAUAAAAUAAACUUGGGCAGUAUUUUUCGAAGAGGGCGAGUCUUUGAUCCCCCAGCAGGUUUCCAUGCAUUCUAAUUAGAGAGAUCUUCCACUACAAGCUUGUAGUAGGUCAAGAGCUUGGCUGUUGAGCUGAACUAAUGUUAUGACCUUUUUAGUCAAUGGUUUUCAAGCUGUAUGGAAGGAGAGGUGAAGAUGGUUGACACUGGCAGCAAGGCGCCAAGCUCUGUCAUGCCCAUGGUGCAGGCCGGACACGCUAGGUCCUGUUAACUCCCUGUCUUGUAGGUGGACUUGAUUUUGGGAACAUUUUCUGUUGGCAAUAGUCCCCAAUCAAAUUGCAGGAGUGGUUCUGUCUGUGUCAGAUGGGAUCUGGAACGUUGUUGGUGAUUAUUACAGAGUUGAUGGCAGCGAAGAUAAAAUGCGAUUGGCUCUCCCUGAGACCCAAGACUGGGCGAGAGCGAUACACUCCUAUAAACUGGCUAAGGAUUUCCUUCCUACUUGGGUGACAGCGGGGAGUAAUCCAUAUUUGUAUCUACUCAGAGAUUAUGUAGAAUAACAGGAUUGACACAAAGCACUUAUUUCAGAACACAUAUCCAACACUGCGAAAAAAUAAAUCCAUCUUCAAAAAAACAGGCCCUUUUUAGAAAUUAAAAAUCCAUCUAAAUAAAACCUUUUUUCUCAAUUCCUGUCCAGAUGACGUGGUCACUGGGACAGUAAUGUGGAAUCAUAGACGCAGUUAAAUCCUGACAGAGGUUCUAACACCCCCCCCCCCCCCACACACACACACACACACACACACACACACACACACUAAAUGGGGGGGAGGGGGGGUUUGUCUGGAGUUGCGCUUUAAUAGACAAUUAUAGGCUGUGGAGUAAUUUAACCUUUUGUUGGUAAUGACCCAUUUUCAAAGCACUGAAAUCAAUAUUGAAAAACGCAGUUACUGCCAACAUCUGGAGCUCCGUGAUUUGAGAAUAAAGUCGCUCAUGUAGCUGAGCCCUUGAUGAACAAGCUACAAUGGCGAAUCCAUUACUUGACUGUUCUGCACUGACGUAAUUGAAUUAGCAAUACUGGCAGUAUGUCUCUUUACCAGUAGAGGGCAGUAGAGCGACACAGCAUUCUCUUUCAGCAAAGGAAACCCAAAUUGUGAAUGAUUGCCAAUUUUUAAACAAUGCAUUUUUUUAUGCCACGUUUGUUUGUUUUGUUUUUUUGUAUACUGGCUGCCAGAUUAUGAAAACCUGGUAGCUUCUAAUACUACUGAGUUUUUAAAAAGGUGUUUUUUUUGUAUUGCUUAUUAUUCAAUGUAUAAACUGGAAAAUAAAAUGACUGACAAAUGAA